UCAUCUACAUCUCGAUUUUUCCUGUAGACACUUAUUCUAAGGACUAGGCUAGUAUUGGUCUUUCAUCACACCAUGCUCAGAGUGUAUCUGCAAGAAGCGUGUUUACGGCACCAAUUUAUUCGCUCGAAGGAGACUUCAAAUGUUGUAGAGAGGCCACAGCGUCUGCGCGCCGUGAAUGUCGGGCUCGCAGCGGUUAUGGCCAGGACGUCGCAGGGUCGUCGCAAAGUGGAGCCUGUAAGCCAGGAUGCCAAAGACGAGCCCGAGGACGAACUGGUCUCGGCCAUCGGUAGACUUAACAUCGCCCAAGUCAAUGACCGUACUUUGGCGGCCGGGCCGAUCGAGGUAGUCAAAAGCUCGGCGAAAGUCGAUCUCUUGAACAACGCUGCGGUCAAGUUCAUUCACGGAGAUAUCGAAGGAGAUGUCUACCUAGAAAAACUGAUAAAGCUCUCCAAAGAAAGCAGAGAUAAGAUUGCAGCAGGCGAAAGCGAAAUUCCGGGAGGGCUUUCGCAGGGUGACCUCUACCUUUGUCCGGAAUCAGUAGACUCGAUACAGGGCGCACUUGGAACAAUGUGUGAAGUAGUGGACCGUGUUAUGGACCCGUGGUCAUCCACAUCAAGGGCGUUCGUUGCUGUCCGUCCUCCGGGCCAUCAUUGCGGUGAGGACACCCCCUCCGGCUUCUGCUUCGUGAACAAUGUUGCAAUUGCCGCUGCCCACGGUAAAGUGUCUGCAACCCAUCUCGAAUACAACAUUACUCGCGUGGCUAUAUUCGAUAUUGAUCUUCACCAUGGAAACGGCACACAGUCGAUAAUAUGGCAAAUAAACGAGGAGGCAUACCGCGCCCAGCUUGAAGAGCCGGAUGGCAAAUCUCCGGACAAGACAAGGUUACAGGUUUUCUACGGCAGUCUGCACGACAUUCUGUCAUACCCUUGCGAGGAUGGCAAGCUGGAUCUCGUUCAGGCUGCGUCUGUUUCACUACAUGGCCCACACGGCCAAUUCGUCGAGAACAUCCAUCUUGAGCCAUAUACUACGGAAAAACACUUCUUCGAAAGCCUGUACGAGAAGAAGUACUUACGCCUUCUGCAGAAGGCACGGAGCUUCAUCGACGACACUGGCGGCGUCAGAGAUGACACUUUAGUUUUUAUCAGCUGUGGAUUUGAUGCGUGCGAGCACGAGUACGAGUCGAUGUCAAGGCACGGGCGCAAAGUUCCCACGUCUUUCUACCAUCGCUUCGCCCGUGACGCACGUCUGUUCGCGGAUUCCGUGGCGAAGGGGAAGCUUAUCAGCGUGCUGGAAGGUGGUUACAGCGAUCGCGCUUUGACGAGCGGCACUAUUGCACAUCUCUCCGGACUGGCGGAAACCGAUGACGUCAAAGCCGACCCUGAGUGGUGGACGCUUGACAACCUCGUCGCUCUUGAGAAGGCUACCGCGAAACGUCGCGGCGGGCAACAAGCCGUCACCGAGAUGGAACCUUGGCUAGAGCGCACGCUCGAGUACUUUAUACAGAUAAAUUCGGAUCCUCUGCUUGCUGCACCACCGAUGAUCAUGUCCCUCCGCGAUCGCUCAAACAAGAAGACUACAACUGCGCCGGUGCCCGCAGCGCCAAAAGUCGCCAAGAACAAGCCGAAGGAGAAAGCGUUGGUCAAGCAGGCAGCAGCAGAAACAUCUCGGUCUGAUACAGAAAGGUCCGCUGACGAGGCCAAUGCGGACACAUUACCGAAGAAACCACGCAGAGUCGUAUUGAAACUCGGUCCAAAUCCUGUAGCGGGGAACUCUAGUGCACGCGAAAGCUGAUGGUUAAUUUCUCGGAACUUUGUACUUAUAUGGUGCCAGAUGGCAGACCGCUAGUGGGAUGCCGCUUGCCUUCAUGCCGACCUUUUUCAGCACGAAAUU